AUGUCGGACUUCAGCGCGCCGGAUACGUCUCCAACACUGCACCCCGUUCCUCGACCCAUCCAUACGUCUCACCCAUACGACACCUUGGUGUCCUACCCGUCGUCCUUGAGUGGAGGGUAUAAUAUCAUGACGCCGCCGAUACCCACCGACAUGCUUCAGUACAACUGGUACCAUUCCUCCAUACUGGACACGCCAUAUCCAUACUCCGAUGGUGGUGCCGUAUUCAAUGCCACCGCGUCUACCGGCAGUCGCUGGGUAGAACAACAUGCGUCUCCCUACACUGCUAGCGCCUCAAGCCUCGGCAGUUCUCCAGCUGACCUCGCAUACCCGCGAGUGCUGUUACCAUCCAGCUACCCGUUCCUCGAUGACGCGGGUCCGUUCCCCGGACACGACGCUCAAGAGUUGCAAAGCGAGGGCGUGGCAGGGCUGCUAUCGUACACUUGGUCCUCGCCAAUCUCUACGGGCACCACCAAUUCAUCGCUCUGGAAUAGCCCGCCCUUCGUUGACCCGUCUUCGGCGACUCUUGCCGGCUCUUCGUCGUCGCUUGGUCAUGAUCAAGGGUUUGGGGACGCGACCCUCGACGUGAAUGCCAUCGACGUGUCUAGCUUUGGCACGGGUUUCGACACCAACACCUACGCAGUCGAUGCGCCUGCACUUGGCUUCGACGAUUUCAAGGCAGGCGCGUUAGGCUUCACUUCCGACGAGUUGAGCUUUGGAUACGAUAUGGGCGCGACGCCCUUGGACUUUGGCAUUGAGGUAGGCGGAUCUGAAUUCGCUAGCGGGCUCUUCGAUCCCCUGUUUAUCAGCCCCGAGUCGGCGUGA